GUUGGAGUUGUUACAUUUUCCGACUCUGUUCUAGUUCCGCCCGGUAACGACAAAAGCAGUGAUUGUUAUAGUUACCAACUCGCUGCAGCAACUUCACCUAAUCUUAAUUAUCUCCGAGGCUUUGUCAAUUCCAUUCAAGAAUAUGGAAGCACUCAUUACAGUACAGCAUUCGAAGCAGCUUUCGAUCUUCUUGAGGCAUCGCGCCCUCAACAAGGCGAGCCUUAUCGAGUUAUUUUAUUUUUAACUGACGGGGAACCCACUGAUGACGCGGCAACGGAGUACGAUAGGAAACAGAUGAUAAUGAAGGUCAUACAAAAUAGAAAUCUUCGUAUGGGAAAUGAGGUGAUUAUUAUGACAUAUGGACUUGGUGAUGAUGUUGGUCUUGAUUUUCUGCAAGAUAUCGCUUUACAGAAUGGAACUAAAUAUGGCGUUGUUCCUGAUACAUCAGUUGGAGAAAUCAGACCUGGUCGAUAUGUACACGUGUCAGAUCCUAGCAUGUUGGCAACUGUGAUGGCGUCUUACUAUGACUAUUUUUAUAAUGAUCACAACUCAGAAGACCCGGUGUUCUCAGCGCCAUUCAGGUCUGCUCCUGGUACUGAUUUGCUAACGACUGCCACCCUACCAGUAAUAUACAACGAGGAACUGAAAGGCGUGGUCGGUGUUGACCUCUCACUAUCUGAUAUCACUGCUGACUUGACCUACAUGAGACAUGGACAACUCAGCUACCCAUUCCUGUUUAAUGCUGGAAGUAGCAAUACUGAAGGACGUACACUAAUACAUCCAUUACUUCCUCCUCCGGCUGUUGAUGAAACUAGUAGUGUGUUCGUACACAUUACGUCAUUGGAAAGAGAAGAUGCAUUCAGAAAUGAUGUAUACCAAAAAGCUAUUAACGAGAACGUGGAGAGUGGUAACGUGACAUACUUAGCAAAGCGGUAUUUACCACGUGGAGACUCUACACACGAUGGCGUAAACACAAUAGAAGUGGAAAGCACCGUACACUGGACAAAGGCCCAACCAUCACCGUUCAUAAUUGGUUUAUCUAUUGCAACAAAUGACUCGCACACAUAUCUCAAACCAAAGCUUCCUUCAGAGCAAUCCGCUGUCAAAUUUGGACCGGAGGCUUUUCUAGACCCCGCACAAUACCUUGAAAUAGAAGAACAAGAAUAUAUUGUUAACAGUUACAGUAAUUACAUGAACGACAACACGGGGACAGCAGUAAACCAUUUUUUUAAAGAUGGUAUCAAAGACACCGUAGUUGGUACACACGUUGUAGACGAUAUCUGGGUGAAUGACGUCAGCGGUAUUGAACUAUACACCUUACUUCGUUACAUUGGUACAUAUGACGGUGUAUUCAGAAUGUAUCCCGGCGUGAAACUCAAGAAAAAGUACGAUCCUACUACAAGACCAUGGUAUAUCCGGGCUAAAAGUAACAAAGGUCUGACAACAUUGUCCACACCGUAUUCACCAGGAGGCGGACCUAAUCACGUGAUAACUCUAAGUCACACUCUUAUUGGCGGAAAUCAAUCCCAUCAUGCAACAUCCGAUGAAGUAAUUGGUGUUAUGGGCUUGGAUUUGACCUUGACAUACUUCUACCGUCUACUCACUAUGUCCUAUUCACAAUGUAUGCAAGAUAAAUACAGGUGUUUUGUUGUUGACAACAAUGGCUACUUUGUUGUUCAUCAAGAUUUUUUCAAUGGAUUAUCCAAGGUAUCCGAUGUACACAUCACACAACUUGAGCCAUCUAUAGCACAGGAUCUGAUAUACAAAAGAGUUAUGGUUCUCAAAGACUGUAUUGAUAUGCAGGGAAUAGAACGUCAGCAUUAUUAUGAGGUUGCUAUAAAUAAUUCAAGAGGUGUGGUUGAUAAUAUUAAGUCAAAAGAUGAUUGCACGAAAUAUCAGCUGCUAUCAAUACCUCUUACAAAUGCAUUUCUUGGUAUCGUUGAAAUAUCAGCAGACUGUAAGCAGACAGCCUGUUACUGUACAAAGAAUCACCAAUGCCAGAGUACAAGUGUAAUGCAAUGUAAGUGUCCAUGUACAUCGUCUGUUUCUACAAUAUAUGACUUCUGUGAUGGUGCAUUCACAUUGACAAGUAAUCACUCACCACCAUGUCCGCCACCAGUUGAAGGAGAGUUAGAUAUACAACUAUCAUCAACAACAGGUGCGGGUAAAGACAAGAUGAGAAGAGAUACUGGCAUACCCAGCUGCUUCGAUCCACAAUGCGAAAGUCGAGACUCAUACAAUGAUUGUUUUGGUAUUAUAAGUUGUGCAUGGUGCAAUGCAGACAUCUCUGGCAAUGAUUUAGAAAGUCCGUAUUGUACGACUGCUAAUCAAUUUAUAGAUGACUUAUGCGCGUAUAACCAUCCAACCAGUAAGCCUAUAACUGAACCACCACCCCUCCCAAGUGAUAUGAGUAAACGUGAGGGCGGUGGACUAUCCGGAGGUGCCAUUGCCGGCAUAGUAAUCGGUGUGUUACUUGCAGUGGUGAUCAUCGGUCUCAUUACCCGGCGAUUUAUACGGAAAGAAAAUGAACGGAGAAGUGAAAGAAGAAGAAACAAUCAAGAACGAUCAACAUCGGUUGAUCCGGAAUACACACCUGUCCCAUCAGCUCCUCCCCCGCCAAAUGCGCCCCCACCGUCCAAUCCUUAUAUCAACGUACCGAUGACGUCAAUAAUGACUCUGUCAAGGGAUCAGCUUUAUCCGACAAACUCCGUUACUUUUGCGUCGGUCGAUGACGUCAGCGUGCCUGCAGCAAAUGUUCCUACCGAUGACGAUCUUAACAUUCAUGACGACAUUGGUGCUAAUUCAGAUGGUGAUAGUCUCAAUGUCCAUGCAAACAACAGAACUGUCGAUAAUGGAAACAACGAGAGUAACGAUGUUGUUGAAAAUGGCAGUGGUACUUCUGACGUAGAUCAACAACCACCUCCAUCCGUGAUAUCACAAUCCUCGAACAGUGAAGCACCCGCAGAUGGUGACUUACAAAGGGAAUCGCAGGCUUAA